UUGCAGCUUGUCAUGGUGGAUCCCAAGGCGUUCUCAGGCCAGAUGAAAUAUAUUAGUUCUUCUUGUUAAUCUGUUGGUCUAGCUGUGUUUGUCCACUCAGGAUCAGUUUUAGUCAACUCAGAAGAAGUGAUAACAGUUGCUAGUUUUUAAUGUGUGUGUUCAAUUGUGUUUAUUUAGACUUGUUGUUUCUAUAAGUUGACAUCCAUGUUUGUCAUCUUUUUCUGGUCGUGGCACAGCCACAGGUGAUGUCACCUUUCUUAAUCACACCCACCAACCUCUGAUUGGUUGGUUCUUUUAUCAAGCUGCAGAACAGCCAUAAAUAUUUAGAUUCGCUACCCUUCAGCAGUGUCAUCGCUUUCCAAAGUUCCCAUUGUUGAGGCCUGUGUGAAUUGGAUAUGUUCCAGGUCGGCUGUUGUUGAUGUGUUAAUGUGUCCCGCGCUAUUGUUUCAUCCUGAAAAGUGGUGACCCUGCCUAGCUGACACCCUGCUUCUGCUGCCGUCCAGCCAGCUCUGCCCCCCCACCCCCUGUCCUGAUUGGGUCUCUGUGCUGCCGGCGGUGGAUUGGAGCACUCUGAUUGAAGGCUUUGCGAGGUGGUUUUUCGGUCUGGCGCCGCCUCCCCCCGGGGCCGGCGUGCGCUCCCAGCAGCCCGUGGUGCCCUGUGCCCCCCCCUCCCCGUCACUGCACACCAGAGCCCAUGCCCAGGGAGGAGGCGCGGCGCGUUCGCCAGGAGCCAUGUGCCUCCCUCACACCAACAACAUGGACAGCAAGCUACAGGGGGCGGGGCCAGGGGGAGGGGCUUCACUUCGACCACGAGCUGGAGGCGUUCCACUGGAGCCCUUCAUACACCAGGUGGGGGGUCACACCAGUAUGAUGCGUUACGAUGACCACACGGUGUGUAAGCCUCUGAUCAGCAGAGAGCAGCGCUUUUACGAGUCUCUGCCUCCAGAAAUGAAGGAGUUCACUCCGGAGUAUAAAGGUGUGGUGCUGGUUUGUUUCGAAGGCGACUCUGACGGCUACAUAAACCUGGUGGCUUACCCCUACGUGGAGAGCAACAUGGAGGGGGGGACCGCAGAGCACGAGGAGCGUGACCCCCCAGAGAGGGAGCAGCCGAGGAGGAAACACUCCAGGCGUAGCCUCCAUCGCUCCUCCUCCUCCUCCGAACACAAGGAGGAGCGGCCCGACAGGAGAGAGUCGCACGACAACGACACCUCCGAUAAUCUUGCAGAGCUGAAGAGUCCCAGGCUUGAUCCAAGGAUCCACUCAGACGUUCCCUUCCAGAUGUUGGACUGGAACAGUGGUUUGAGUUCCGAGAAGAUCAGUUACAACCCGUGGAGCCUCCGCUGCCACAAACAGCAACUCAGCCGCAUGAGGUCUGAAUCCAAGGACCGCAAACUCUUCAAGUUCCUGUUGCUGGAGAACGUGGUUCACCACUUCUCUUACCCCUGCAUCCUGGACCUGAAAAUGGGCACCAGGCAGCACGGAGACGACGCCUCCGAGGAGAAGGCGGCCAGGCAGAUGAAGAAAUGUGAGCAGAGCACUUCAGCGACGCUGGGAGUCAGAGUGUGUGGCAUGCAGGUGUACCAGCUGAACACCGGUCACUACCUCUGCAGGAACAAGUACUACGGCCGCGGCUUGUCGAUUGAAGGCUUCCGCCAGGCCCUCUACCAGUACUUGCACAACGGAAAGGGUCUGAGGCUGGACCUCUUUGAACCGAUCCUGAAUAAGCUUCGCAGCCUGAAGGGGGUGCUGGAGAGGCAGGCGUCCUAUCGCUUCUACUCGUCUUCGCUGCUCAUCAUCUAUGAGGGACAGGAGCCUGAGGCCCCUUCAGUCCUCAGCUCUGGGCAGCAUGCAGCCAUGCAACAGAAGACUCCCGUGGCCCCUGCUGAGCCCCACUUUGGCCCCGGGCUCCACACACCUCUUGCCCCAGACACUCCCUGUGAUACGGACAUGAGCCACAACCCAGACCCGAUGUCACUGUCCUCUCUGGGAUCUGGACUGAUAACUCCGCCCUCCCCCUCCCCUCAUCCUCCCCCGCAGGCCCCUCCCACCAAGUCAGACUGCAACUCCUCCCUCCCCCCUGUCUCCUCGCCUCACCCCCAUCCAGACUCCUCCUCCCUUGCUCCCAGUUUAAUUUCCUUCCCUGCUCCUCCUGCCCCCCAGCCCCAGCGGCCUCCUCUGGUGGACGUACGUAUGAUCGACUUCGCCCACUCCACCUUCAAGGGUUUCCGUGGUGACACGGCGGUGCACGAUGGGCCAGACCGGGGAUACGUGUUUGGACUGGAGAGCCUGGUCCAGAUCCUGGAGAGCCUGCGGGACGACAACAUGCCGUAGCUCUGAACACACACCCACACACACACACAAACAAGUGCUACACUACCACAUGCACACACACGCAGCUUGUUGAGAGUUAGUUCAGGUCGUACAGUCAGUGCAGGUUUUGCCGCGGUGUUCUCAAGAACGGAGACGGUUCGGCUGUAAAUAUGGAACAGGGUUCUUCAGGACAUCACCAUGGCAACAUGGGCAUUCUACAGUCAAGUAGUUACUAUAGCAACAGGCAGGAGGUGGGACAGUGGAGCCAAAAUGUCCGCAACUUCGAGUUGAUAUGGAAAACCUCUGUUUGUCUGAGGCUCUGCACAACACAUUUGUGCUUCUAAACUUGUGAGGACCCAUAAUGCAUUCCUCAGCCCCAUACCCCAGUCAUAGCCACAGCUGACCUGAAGUCAGUCUCCACUCCAAGUUGUCUUUUGUAUGUUGUUACUUCCGUUGGAUGUUUGAGCUUCACUGAUGUUGAAUUCACAUUCAAGUGCAGAAGGUUUCUCUGAGUCUUAGAUUUUAAGAUGGGUACAUUGGAGCAUGACGGCUGGUUUGGAAACUGUUCCUGGCCUCAGUAACCAAACAUAAAAAAUGGGGACAAAGAAGUCAGUGCAAUUGAGAAGAAUUUUUUAUAUGUCUUAAAACAUGUCUAGAGGGGAUCUUUAAAUCAGAUGUCAGGUGAACACAUAUAAAUAAAAUCCAGCAGGUGAAUCUGAAAGCAAUCUUCUAGUGUGAGAUUCUGCACAGUGAAGCUUGAACAUCCACAUAAAGUAACAAGAAGCAAAACGCUGUUGUGAACUGACAGGCCUUUAACCAUUUCACCGAGUUAGACUCACACUGGUCCUCGCCAAGAUAGACGAACAAAUGUACACACACACACACACACACACACACACACACAUCCUGGGAACAGUUGUCUGGAGCUGUUUGACAGCACAAAGGUACAGAGCGUCCUCUCUGAACGACCAAUCAGCUGGAUCCCAGGGGCCACCCACUGAAGUUGGCCAACACUCAUUUCACCCCCCCCUCCUCACUCCCUGACUCCCCCACCCUUCACCCCUGCCACAUUCACUCCCCUUCACUCCUCUUUCUCCACAGUAUCCGAACCUGGACAGGUGAACAGACUCUUUUAGAGUUACCUUGAAAAUGCACUCAGAAACACAUCCAAGAAUCUGUUAAAGCAAUAGAUGGCAACUUUUUUUUUUCUUCAGCAGUGCAGAGGGCAGCAUCGCCCACAGGGAGAACGGUGAUGAAGUGCAACAGAGAUUUGCAUUAUAGAAGUAGACUUUAAGAAAAAAAUAUAGUUAAUUUCUUAAACACUGUAUGUCUGUUUUUGGGGCGUCAUUCAGAAACGUUAGUAGUCAGUGUCCCUGUAAAGUCAUCCUCUGGGUUAUUGUGUAAUAUUGAAAGAAUAAGUGUCACUUUCCCAAAUCUGGUCUGGUGAUAUUUUGGUUGUUGUCAACAAACCCAUGAAAAGACCCAAACCAGCAAUGAGUUGUUAUUAACAAGUAUUGUGUGUGUGUGUGUGUGUGUGUGUGUGUCUGUCUGUCUGUCUGUCUGUCUGUCUGUGUGUGUCUUCUUGCUUUGUGCCACAGUGCCAUUAAAACACAUCAAUGAGCUACACUUUUGCUCCGGGUGACGCGUACUUCGAUACAACAAACACACACUUCGUAGUUUAUUUAGACGCAGUCUCUCAUAUGCCGUCCCGCUGCCCCAAAUAUUCACUAGGGCAUCAAAUGCAGAUUAAUCCACCGCAGAAAAGAAUCCCUAAUCAAUGCACCAUUUCCUCCUGUCUGAGUAACAUUUGUUGAUAACCACAUUGUUCUGUGGCUGUUUCGGCUGUUUUAUGAAGUCACUGAGCCUGGCUUUUCAUCAUCAAAAACGGCUAGUAAUCGGUGUCUCCCGCUGCUGUUUCCAAAUGAGCUUUCAAUCCCUACUUUAAAAGCCAACGUGGAUGAAAAGUCGUUAAAGUGCUCGGAGAAGUAGAACACAUGGAUCGUGCAAUAUGAUCGAAAGCUCCACAAACAGCUGGCUGAUAGACCUGGAGACGGGAUGGUUUGUUAACCAUUUACCAUUUAGAUGUUCAGUAGGACCACAUGGGAUUGGAGCUGAGUGCCACACACUUAGGACAGAAGUCAGAAUGGACGGACUAACUUGUUGUUGGUUUGAGUCUUUUUUUUUUUUUUCAUGGGAUUUGUUGACACAUCAAAAAUAAUAAAAUAAUACCAGCCUUAUUUUUUAAUUUACGGCUGGGAGACGAGGUUAAAUAACAAGAAUAUUUAAUAGAAGAAUAUUUUUUUUACAUAUAUUCUAUACAUAUAUUUGUGAAAAAAAAAUCACAAGGUGGCAAAUGUGUGCGAAAUCACACAAAAUAAUCAGAUUUGUGUUCAGUGUAAUGAACUGUGUUCCACUGUUCCACUAGGUUUGGCAGGUUUUUCAAGGUUUUUCAACUAUAAUGUACUUGGAGUCAUUAAUCUGGACUAUGGCAUUUUGCAAAACAUGAUGAAUUUAGAACAUCACAAUCAUUUCCUCUGGAUGGUUUUUAAUAAUGACGAAUUAUUUCCCAACCCUGCCUCCAAUGCGCCACACAUUCAACAAAACAAAAAAGUUAUCCUUGAACAGCAGAAGCAGAAUUGGCUGUAAUGGCUUAUGUUUUGAAGAUGUCGCUGUUUAUCUCAUCUGAUUGGUCCUGAUGAGACAGUGUCAGCCAAUCACAUUUGUCCAUUAAUGCGCCCUUGAACAAGCUCCAGAGGCAGGCUGUGAUGCAGCGCUGCCCCCUGCUGGAUACCUACAGGAACUCAACCCCAGGAGCUGGUGUAAGAGAGAGCAAAUAUGAGUAUUUUAUUUUUGGUUUAUCGAGGUGAUAAUUUAUUUUUUUAUUGUACCUUUACCCAUAUAUCUGUGUGUGUGUGUGUAAAGGGUUUUGUCUUUUAUAUGUCCCCCCCCUCCAUGUAUAAAAUGUAAAGACAUUAAGUGCGUCAGAGACACAGUGUGUGAAAUUUGAGGAGAAUACACAGUAUUACAUGAGCUAACUCAAGUCUGUUUAAUUUGCUGCUGACUUUGCUUCAGUCUAAUACGUGUUGGGUGUCAACAGGCAAAAUCGGAUUUUGUUUUGUGAAGAAAACUGUCGCAGCAAACCCAGACUUAAGUCAGCUCUCUGAACCAAACACUUGUGCCUGCUGUGGAGUUGUCGCUCAGGUGUGAAGCUCUAUUGACCGUGUGUGUGUGUGUGUGUGUUUCUGUUUGUGUGUGUUACAAAAAGGGAGGUAGACGCCAUCUUUAGUCUUCUGUUUGUUUCACGUCACAUUUAAGGAGUCGGUAAAGGACUGCAUGCACAUUAACGUCCUCCUGUUUGGGUCAGUUUCAGCGUCAAACAUUCUUGUUACAGUCAUCACAGAGUCUAAAGCAGCCAUGGCUCCAUGUGUCCUCUCAGAUCAUGAUGUUUCAUCAUGAGUAUUAGCCUCAAUGAUUGAUCAGUUAUUUAGCAGCAUUUUCUGCAUCUGACAUCAUUCUGACUGUUUGUUAGAACAGUGAAAGUAAGUGAGAUUAAAUCUUUCCAGAAGUU